GCACGAGCAGCUGAGCGCCGCCACCAUGCAAGCAGCGGCCGCCGCGUCCUUCUGGCUGCUCUGCGUCUUGGGAACUUACCUCCUGGUGCGCUGCGGUCCGGCAGGAGACGCCUCACUGAGGGAGCUGGAGAGGGGGGACGAAAACCGCUUCCAGGAGCGCCAAAGCAUCGUGCCACUGCGUCUCAUCUACCGCUUGGGCAGCGAGGACGAAACUUGGCACGACCGGCUCAACACACGGGUGCGGGGCGACCCUGGUGGCCAGCAGCUGACUCAUGUGGACAAGGCAAGCUUCCAGGUGGAUGCCUUUGGAACAUCGUUUAUUCUUGAUGUCCGGCUAAACCAUGAGUUGCUGUCCUCUGGUUAUGUAGAGAGACACAUUGAACGUGGAGGCAAGGCUGUGGAAAACAAAGGAGGAGAACAUUGUUACUACCAGGGCCAGAUCCGAGGAAACCCUGCCUCAUUUGUUGCCCUGUCAACAUGCCAUGGACUCCAUGGGAUGUUCUAUGAUGGGAAUCACACAUAUCUCAUUGAGCCAGAAGAAAAUGAAACCUCCCAAGGGGAGUCUCAUUUUCACUCGGUUUACAGAUCCAGACUGUUUGAAUUUCCCUCGGAUGACCUUCCAACUGAAUUUCAACGAGUCAAUGUUACUCCACCAAAAUUUAUUUUGAAGCCGAGACUAAAGCGGAGUAAACGGCAGCUUCUUCGAUUUCCCCGUAAUGUAGAAGAGGAAACUAAAUACAUCGAACUGAUGAUUGUGAAUGAUCAUAUCAUGUUUAAAAAGCAUCGGCUUUCCGUUGUACAUACAAAUACCUAUGCAAAGUCUGUGGUGAACAUGGCUGAUAUGAUCUACAAAGACCAACUUAAGACUAGGAUAGUAUUGGUUGCCAUGGAAACGUGGGCUGCUGACAACAAGUUCGCCAUCUCUGAGAACCCACUGAUCACCCUCCGUGAGUUUAUGAAAUACAGAAGGGAUUUUAUCAAAGAGAAGAGUGAUGCAGUCCAUCUUUUCUCGGGAAGUCAAUUUGAGAGUAGCCGAAGCGGUGCAGCUUAUAUUGGUGGGAUUUGCUCGCUGCUGAGAGGAGGAGGCGUGAAUGAAUUUGGGAAAACUGAUUUGAUGGCAGUAACACUUGCUCAGUCAUUAGCUCACAAUAUUGGCAUAAUCUCCGACAAGAGAAAAUUAGCAAGUGGUGAGUGUAAAUGUGAGGACACGUGGUCUGGAUGUGUGAUGGGGGACACCGGCUAUUAUCUCCCUAAAAAGUUCACUCAGUGCAAUAUUGAGGAGUAUCAUGACUUCCUGAAUAGUGGUGGUGGUGCCUGCCUGUUCAACAAGCCUUCUAAGCUUCUCGAUCCUCCUGAGUGUGGAAAUGGCUUCAUUGAAACUGGAGAGGAGUGUGACUGUGGCACCACUGCGGAAUGCGCCCUUGAAGGAGCAGAGUGUUGUAAGAAGUGCACCUUGACCCAGGACUCUCAGUGCAGUGAUGGCCUCUGUUGUAAGAAGUGCAAGUUUCAGCCUCUGGGGACUGUGUGCCGAGAGGCAGUCAACGAUUGUGAUAUUCGUGAAAUAUGUUCAGGAAAUUCAAGCCAGUGUGCCCCCAAUGUGCAUAAAAUGGAUGGGUAUUCCUGUGAUGGUACUCAGGGAAUUUGCUUUGGAGGAAGGUGUAAAACAAGAGAUAGACAAUGCAAAUACAUCUGGGGGCAAAAGGUAACAGCAUCUGACAAGUACUGCUAUGAAAAGCUGAACAUCGAGGGGACUGAGAAGGGCAACUGUGGAAAAGAUAAAGACACGUGGAUACAGUGCAACAAACGGGAUGUGCUUUGUGGUUACCUUUUAUGCACCAACAUUGGCAAUAUCCCAAGGCUUGGAGAACUUGAUGGCGAAAUCACAUCUACAUUAGUUGUACAGCAGGGAAGAACAUUAAACUGCAGUGGUGGGCAUGUUAAGCUUGAAGAAGAUGUUGAUCUUGGCUACGUGGAAGAUGGGACGCCCUGCGGCCCUCAGAUGAUGUGUUUGGAACAUAGAUGUCUUUCUGUGGCUUCCUUCAACUUCAGCACUUGCUUGAGCAGUAAAGCAGGCACUGUUUGUUCAGGAAAUGGAGUUUGCAGUAAUGAGCUCAAAUGUGUAUGCAACAGGCACUGGACAGGUGCUGAUUGCAGCAUACACUUUCCUCACAAUGACGAUGCAAAGACUGGCAUCACCCUGUCUGGCAACGGUGUUGCCGGCACUAAUAUCAUAAUAGGAAUAAUUGCUGGCACCAUUUUAGUGCUGGCCCUCAUAUUAGGAAUAACUGCCUGGGGUUAUAAAAACUAUCGAGAACAGAGACAGUUACCGCAGGGAGAUUAUGUAAAAAAGCCUGGAGAUGGCGACUCUUUUUAUAGCGACAUUCCUCCCGGAGUCAGCACAAACUCAGCAUCUAGUUCUAAGAAGAGGUCUGCUUUUCUGUCGCAUUUUCAGAUUUCCACCUGCUCCAUCACACAUUAUUCCAUUAGUCAGAACAUUUCAUUAUUUUGCAGCAGGUCAAAUGGACUCUCUCAUUCCUGGAGUGAAAGGAUUCCAGACACAAAACAUAUUUCAGACAUCUGUGAAAAUGGGAGGCCUCGAAGUAACUCCUGGCAAGGUAACCUUGGCGGCAACAAAAAGAAAAUCAGAGGCAAAAGAUUUAGACCUCGAUCUAAUUCAACUGAGAGGGAGCCCCAAGCUCCUGAGCCUGGGCACUCCCUCGCCCAGACAAUCCUUCCCCAAGGCAUAAGUCCAGGGGGCUCUGACAGCCCCCAGACAGGGAGUCUGGAUCACAGGUAUUUAAACCCAUGGUUCAAAAGAGACUAUAAUGUAGCUAAGUGGGUAGAAGAUGUGAAUAAAAACACUGAAGGACCAUACUUUAGCUCCCAAGAUGGCCAACAUCAAGAAGACAGGACCCUGUCUCCUGCCAAGUCUCCUUCUUCAUCAACUGGGUCUAUUGCGUCCAGCAGAAAAUACCCAUACCCGAUGCCUCCACUUCCUGAUGAGGAGAAGACAGUGAACCGACAGAGUGCCAGGCUAUGGGAGACAUCCAUUUAAGAACAACUGUUUACAUGUGUCACAUCGAAACUGUUUACUUCAACUUUUAUAGAAACCCAGCUACCCAGAAUCACUGCGAACCUAUCUGUUCUUCACACGAGUUGAAGGCGCUCUGAGAUGCCAGAGGCAAGGAAGCCAUGGGUCAUAUCUGGAUGCCAUUUUCUUUUUGUCAUUGGCUUAAAGUUUAACCAAACAGUAAAAAAGAGCUACUGGAAUUUUACACUACAACACGGAACCAUUUAUGGUCUGGUAUUGGUAUGUAAAUGGAUAAUCUGCAUGAUGGGCAUAUGUAGAAUAUCAAUAAAAUUAAAUCACAUGACCCAAAUGUAGCAGGUUUUCCUGAGGGACAGAAGUGGAUUCAGAACUGGGCAUUCUGAAAUAUAUCCUCAUUGCAAACAGUAAUGCCAUAUGCAUGAAGCUUCUGUGUAUUGUUUUCCGUAUACAAGGAAACAACAUCCCACAAUAGAAACUAGCAUGCAAGGCUGAGGCAUAUAGGAUUGUUCUGCAGGUUGCAGGACUGCACAGCUUUGAGAGGCCAAUACCCAUAUGCUAACUUUAAACAUGUAUUUUUAUUUUUUUUUACUUUUCAUAUUUAUAUUAGCACACAAGGAUAACUGUACAUAUGUAAAAUUUUCAAAUUUAAAAAGUAACUGUUACAUAUAAGUGUAUUUUGCCAAAUGCCUAAAAACAGUCAGUCACAAUUCUAUCAUUGUCCUUCAUCCUGCGGUCUUCAGAGUGUAAAUGGAUGAUGUUGUAAAUAUGGUGAUCAAUGCUGUAAGAGUGUCUUUCCGUAACCAGCAUUCGUCUAAAUCAUGUGACUUCCCUUUGAGGUGUGUACAUUCUUGAGGAGGCUUUGUUGAGUAAGAGACCAAAAUGGUCAGCACACGUUUGGCCUCUGCAUCUUGCUGAAGGUAGAGUCUCAGUGUGUGGUAGCCAUGCAGCGUCAGGACAUGCUGGAGCUGACAGGCUUUCUGGGAAUCUGCCAGCCAGCUUAUUCCACACACAAGACACGUGGUGCCUGUCACAGUAGCUGUUCUCGAUCCAUACCAGGGCACAUCAGC